AUGAGCGCCUCGAGGAGCAUCUCAUCCCCUCCUCGCACUGUCCACGGCUGUCGUCGAACAGAGAAUGCGAGGGAGAGGACGCUGGAGCGGCUAGCCGCUGGACCAAGACGUCGACCUGGCAGCGUGACCCCCUCUCAAGUCCGCGCUCAGCAACCAUGCUGCGAGCCUCGAGCAGUCUCCACCACCACAACCAUGGCGAGGCAUCGUAACCAACAGACGACACCACUCGAUCCGGUCAGCCUUGCCGCCCAAGGCCACCUCGACAGGACAGAACGGACGCGGCAGUACGUCGUGGCAUCUCAGCGCGUUGUCUCCUCAUCGUCCCCAGAACCGCAAAGACGACGAGCACCAAUUGACAGAACGUCGCGCGCCGCAGAGCGGGGCACAAAGACGAAGGGCGAACUCGUUCAUAAAGAGGCGGUCGGUAUUAGGCGAAGAGGCGGAAGACAGCGGCAGGGGACGUCCGUCGAUGCCGGUCCAUCGUCGGCGUUGGCGAAGGAAAGGGAGGAGGGGAGGCCACCUUCACGCGCGAAUCCAGUUGCGCGAGAGCCCGACGUCGAGAGACGGCAAGUCUUGGAGGUCCGCAAGCAGAGGCGUAGGAAGCGCGCAGCGGCAACGAAGCUGCCGGCCAUCGAGCCGCUGCAAGAAGACAACCAAGACGUUGAGCGCAACAGCUCUUCGAGGCGCAAACGCAAGCUAUCUCACCAUCUCGAACCGGGCAAGCUCCCGAGGACAAGCCGGCCGAGGACGAGAGAGGACGAAAAUGCCAGGAUAGGUGCCCGGAUGCUCGAUCGCGACAAGAGAAUCAAACCUGGCAGGCUGACACUCGGCGUCUUUGGCAAGGGCGUGGCCUCCCGCAAUGCGAAGCGGCCGGAUCGCCACGAGCAUGUCUUCUCCGAGAGUCGCUUCCUGACCUCGCACGAAUCGACGCAGUACCAUGCGAUCUCCAGAGGCACAGAAUCGCCGCCGGCGCUGUCGUCUCCCAGGACUCACCAAUCUCCCGCUCGAGGACUGGCCCUGGCUACGGUCCAAGAGGUCGAGUCUCGCUCUCAAAACCCUCUUAGGGCGAAGGCGUGCGAGAGCAUGCUCAGCGCACCCUUCAUCACCGCUGGGGCCGGCAGCGACGUCGGCGGCGACGUCGAGGGCACCAGCGGCCACUCGGCAUUUUCCAACCAGCUUCACCGGCGGCGCUCGCGGGCCGGGACGCUCAGCAGACAGCCACAACGGCCCCUGGACCCGGUCGCAGGUCGCCAAGAGUCAUCAGCACCAACCUCGCCCACGUCUCAGCGAGACAGGGGACGGCUCCCACCUUCCGACGCCUCAGUCCCUCCGAUGAGUACAAGGGGAGAAGCCCUCCUGAGCGACUACUACGCCCUCAAUCCGAGCGCGCUCGCCAACGGCUGGCUGGCAGAGCGGCCUCGAGACGUCUCCGUGGCCGAGGCUGGCAGUAGCGAAGGCGUUUCUCGAACACGGCCCACCACAUCCUUCGCCCCGGACAUUAUUCUGCAGCGGCAGAUCGAGCCACUCAAGCCGAAAAGGAGUCGAACAGGUCAAGGGAAAGCCCGCGGCGCCCAUAACAAGAGCAGAAGCGCAAAGCAGAGAGAGCGAGGCUUCCGACUUGCCGACGAUUCGGAGCUCGAUGCGCUGAUUCGGGCGUGCAAGCAAGGGGACGGUGCACUCGCGAACGACCAGCGCGCCGCCAUGCCUCUGCAGCGCGGCGACGAAGCGCAAUCAGACACCGAGCGGCUCGCAGCUGCAACCAGUAGCUGCUUUUCGAGGGCAACAGUCGCGGUCGCAGGGCCUGACCCACAGGCGUCUGUUGAUGCCAUCGCUCCCGGCCCUACGGGCCCAUCUUCGGGCAGGCCAGCAUCGAGCUGCUCUUGCUCUUGCAGCACGUGCGGACCGUAUGCCGAUUCUUCCGCGGCCUCAUGGCCGUGGUCGAGCCACGUAGACGGCGUUCCACGACCCGGGACGUUCAGUGGUAGGCAGCUCGAUGCGGGGAGAGAGUGGUGCUCCAGCUGCUCAGAUUGCUCCGUUUGCCGACGGACUCCUCAACAAAUCGAAGGCUGGAUGUAG